ACUGAAGAAGCCAAAAAAAAAAAAAAAGAAAUAUCCAUAAUCCAAAAAUGAUGAUCAUCUUCAGGCAACAACGCAAACGUCUGGAAUUGCUGUUAAUGCUGUUAGUUGGUUUCAUUUGGGGUAUUCUUUUAUCUCAGCUCUUGCAUCGAGCACCAUUUCGUUUCACCGAUAAUGACAACUCGUUGAUGACCUCACAAAAUCCAGAAGGCACAACCUUUUUGGUUAGAAGUAGCAGCAGCAGCAGCCACCGUUCCCCUACAAGUUUGAAUGAAAGUGAAACUAUGACCGAGCAUCUUCUUCUUCUCAAUGAGAAGACAAAAAUAUUAUGCAUGAUCCUAACCGGCCCCAAGACUCAUCAAACUCGUGCCAUACACGUUAAGCGCACCUGGGGCUCACGAUGUAAUAAGAUUAUCUUUAUUAGCUCAAAGCCAGACAGCGAAUUGAACACAGUGGUCCUAAAUGUAAGAGAGGGCUAUAGCAAUCUUUUUGCCAAAACACGAGCGGGUCUUGAAUAUGUCUAUAAGCAUUAUUAUCAACAAUACGAUUGGUUCUUGAAGGCAGAUGAUGAUACUUAUGUUAUUCUGGAAAACUUGCGCGAAUUCCUCAAGAGAUACACACCAAAACUUCCCGUUUACUUUGGUAGUAAACUUCAAAAGCAUGGCGACCAUGAUUAUAUAUCGGGCGGAGCCGGUUAUGUUCUUAGUAAAUCGGCCCUGCAACGUUUCAUGACAUUAGGAUUCCAUAAUAGCAGCAUUUGCAGUGAUCGCACCUUUGGCAUUGAAGAUGUUGACCUGGGACGAUGUCUAAGAAAUGUAGGAGUGGUGGCCGGAGAUUCUCAAGAUGAUCAAGGCUUGCCACGAUUUGUGCCCAGUCCUCAUUACCAGAAUACGCUUCCAUCUAAUGUAAAUUCCUCAGAUUGCUGCUCGAAUUCGGCGUUUUCGUUUCAUUGUAGCAAUUACAAGGAUUUCUAUGUGCUUGAUUAUGUCAUCUAUAGACUGAGACAUUCCGGAAUAAUCCCACUUCAUGAAAAUUUAUCAAAAUUGCAUUUAUCAAAUUCGGAUACACAUAGUUAAUCUUCCGAAUUAUAGCAAGACAAAGCCAAAGUAUGAGACUUACAAAAUACUGCAAGACUGGAAAACGUUAAAUACAUUUGUAAGAACUUACUCAAUGGAAAUUGGGAUAUUUAAAAAAUCAAUAAAAUAAAUCAUCCAGACUGUGAUUCUC